AUGGUAUGUGGGAUACACCACCGUUGAUAUGCCAUCCCAUGGACGAGGGAAAGAGUGAAGAGAAUGGAGAGAUUGGAAAGAAUGAUACAUGAGCUCAGGAUUAUUGAAUAGUGGAGACCCAAUUUUUUUGAUUUGGAUUCAAGUGGGAACCACCCAAGGUAUUAGACUACUCUGUUACCGAUCAUUAGGAGCAUGUUUUUUUGGGUCUUGGUUUUAUAUAUGAGAGGUGGAUCAGUAUCGUUUUGCAAGAUAGGACAAGACAAGACAGAUUAUGAAAACAUUCUUUUUUUGGAGUUGUCCGUGUUUGGUCAGAGCAUCUCCUCGUGAUCAACAUAGAGUGGCAAUUGGAAUUCAAAAUGAUCCGAUACGAAGAGACUUUGCACCCCAGUAUCUCCGGGGUGAACCACUCCGAUGAAGAUGAUGAUCGAAAUGAUGUGCAUCUCGGAUUUUUGACACCCAUCUCCAAUUCAUCUUUCCCUCACUCGAACACUCCAUUCUCGUUGAAUUAUUGGCACUAUUUUUCAAUUUAGCAUCACCAGUAUACUAACAUUCAAAAUUUCUCUAGGUUUUAGUUCAAGAUUUAUUACACCCAUCCCCAGCUACUGAAGCUCAGCAAUACAAGUUAAAGACCUUGGUGCAACAACCAAGAUCCUUCUUCAUGGAUGUCAAAUGCCAAGGUUGUUUGAACAUCACCACUGUCUUUUCCCACGCUCAAACCGCCGUCACUUGCGAUUCAUGUUCUACCGUCUUGUGCACUCCAACUGGUGGUAAGGCUAAAUUGACCGAAGGUUGCUCUUUCAGAAGAAAGUAA